AUGCCUUUGCCUAUGUUGUUGAGAUCACUCCUCGUUGCCACAAUCUCUUCCAAGAAGUGGCUGCUGGUCCCUUCUCUUCACCUCCUCGACUUCUUCGCAAAGCCAGAUAGGACUUUGGUGUUCAACCUUGACAAGAACCCGGUUUUGAAGGCCAUCAUCAAAAAGUCAUUCUACGAUCAGUUCUGUGCUGGCACAACACCGGUCGAAACAAGAACAUGCGUGAAAGCACUGAAGGAUCUGGGAUUCCGCGGUGUCAUCCUCACAUACGCACAAGAGAUGGUCUUCGACCACAAGAGCGGCAACGGGUACAGCCCAGGUGCAGCAGCAGAAGAAAUCAAGGAGGAAGCGACCGGCGUUAAGAUCGACAAUGUCAUUGAGUCCUGGAGAGCAGGCACUGUUGGUACCAUUGACCUGAUCGAGGAGGGAGACAUUUUGGCUAUCAAGACAUCUGGAGCUGGCCUGGCAGUUGUCGACGCAUUCAACAAAGGAGACUUGCCACCACAACAGAUGCUUGAUGCUCUUGAUGAAAUCGGCACCAAGUGCAAGGAGCGCAACAUUCAGAUCAUUGUCGACGCUGAAUCUCAACAUUAUCAGAAGGGAAUUGCUCGUGCUGCUCUCGAGAUGAUGCGCAAGUUCAACACCGAUGGUCGCGUCGUCGUUUACAACACAUACCAGGCAUACCUCAAGGACACCCAGUCACUCAUUGCUUCUCACCUCGCUGAGGCCGAGAAAGAUGGCUUCACUCUCGGUCUCAAACUUGUCCGCGGUGCAUACAUCGCUUCUGAUGACCGCUCCUUGAUCCAUGACACAAAGCAAGACACAGACGACAAUUACAAUGGUAUCGCCCAGGGUGCUCUCCGCCAGCAGCUCGGUGAAUACGGUGUCUCUCGCCCGUUCCCCUCGGUCAAGCUAUUCCUUGCAUCCCACAACCGCGAGUCUGUCAUUUCUGCACAAAGAUUGCACGAGCAAAGGACUGCUGCCGGUCUGCCUACCGUUGAUGUCGGCUUCGGUCAGCUUCACGGUAUGUCGGAUGAGGUCAGCUUUUCGCUUCUGGCCGAGAAGGGCAGCAACGGUCAAUCACCUGCUGUUUUCAAGUGCUCGACAUGGGGAAGUAUGAGCGAGUGUAUUGGCUAUUUGCUCAGGAGAGCAGUUGAGAACAAGGACGCUGUUCUGAGGACAAACGAUGAGUACAAUGCGCUCCGCAAGGAGGCAGGGAGAAGGAUGCGAUCUCUGGGCGAGAAGUACCCGGAAGCUGUCAAGUCGGGGAAGCUCUCCGUUUCAAAAGGGGACAAUGUCAAAGCCAUAAAAGGCUCAGAUAUUGUGUUACUUGGUGUCGAUCCAUCAGAUGUAGAGGCAACUUUGAAGCAAGAUGGUCUCUCCGACGCAUUGAGCGGGAAGCUGCUCAUCAGUCUUGCUGCUGGGUGGACAAGAGCAGAUAUCGAGAAGAUCCUUUCCUCAAGCAAGGAUAAGAUUUGGGUCGUUCGCACACUCCCCAACAUUGCCGCACAAGUUUCCGAGUCACUUACAGCAAUUGAAGACCCGGACAAGGACAUCCCAAAGGAGUUUGUGGAAAUCACCGAUGCCAUCUUCAACCAGGUUGGAAAGACCGCCCACAUUGACCCAAGGUUGAUGAACGCAGCGACAGCUGUAGGAGGCUCAACACCAGCCAUGUUCGCCGUCAUCUGCGAUGCAUUGAUUGAUGCAUCCGUCGCUGUUGGCAUGCCAAGAGAGACUGCGCAGACCAUGAUCUACCAGAGUAUGAAGGGUACUGCCGCGAUGCUGCAGAGCGGGAUCCACCCCGGUGUUCUCAAAGAUCAAGGCACAUCGCCAGAGGGAUGCACAAUUGGUGGUCUCAUGGUGAUGGAGGAAGCCGGUGUUCGUGGUCACCUCGGAAAGGCGCUGAGGGAAGCUGUGACCAUUGCGCGCUUGAUGGGUCAAAACCCUCACGUCAAUGACACUCGGCAAGGGCAGUAG